CCUAGUCAAGGGAAUGGCUACCAGGAGGACUUCAGCUGUUCUGAGAGUAACUCUGAGAGUAGUGCUACAGAAGAGGAAUCAGACAGUGAUGCAGCAGGACAACAGCAUGGGCACACUCCAUCUACCUCAGCCCAGUCUCAGAAGGUCAGAACUAAGGCCAUAAAUAUCAAGCAUCCUCUAUUUUAGUAGUUUCAAUCUGGGGCUCAAAUUAAAAUGUGUAUGUAAAAGAUAAAUAAAAUAGCCUGUACAAAUUAACUGUUCAACUUUACAAACGGCACUCCAUAUAAUUCCUUCUAAAAAGAAAAGUGUGAACAAUAUGAUGUAUACAAUAUGUAAUAUGGUAAUUUAGCGGAUGGUUUUAUCCAAAAACGUAUAGUUAACAGAUAUAUUCUGUGUAAUUCAUACUGUCAUAUCUAUUUCAGUUUGAUUGAUUAUAUUAUAUUUGAUCAGGAUCAGGAAGAGCCUUGCAGGUACUACAACAGUGGUCACUGCCGGGAUGGGAAAAGGUGCCACUACCGACACGUCUGCAAAUACGCCCUGAAAGGCAACUGUCGCAAUGGGACCAAGUGUCGCCUCAAGCACCCCAGCUCCUCCUCUGACAGAGAUGGAAGUGGUGGGAAGAGAGAAAGGAGGAGGUCUUCAUCUGGAGGGAGAGGAGGAGGAGGUGGGAGAGAAAGGAGGAGGUCUUCAUCUGGAGGGAGAGGAGGAGGAGGAGGUGGGAGAGAAAGGAGGAGCUCCUCAUCUGGAGGUAGAGGCAGAGGUGGGAGAGAAAGGAGGAGGUCUUCAUCUGGAGGGAGAGGAGGAGGUGGAAGGAGGGACAGGAGGAGGUCUUUAUCUGGAGUGAGCAGAGGAGACGGGGCCAGGGAAAGGUCUUCAUCUAGAGGUGAGACGUGUACUAUGCUGUAAUAGGAUCAAGUGAGGGAGGGAGUCGACAAGUUUGCUUCCAUUCGGCCUCCCGAGUGGCGCAGCGGUCUAAGGCACUGCAUCGCAGUGCUUGAGGCAUCACUACAGACCCUGGUUCGGUCCCGGGCUGUUUCGCAGCCGGCCGCGACCGGGAGACUCAUGAGGCGGCACACAGCGUCGUCCGGGUUAGGGGAGGGUUUGGCCGGCCGGGAUGUCCUUGUCCCAUCACGCUCUAGCGACUCCUGUGGCAGGUCGGGCGCAUGCACGCUUACACGGUCGCCAGUUGUACGGUGUUUCCUCCAACACAUUGGUGCGGCUGGCUUCCGGGUUAAGCGAAUAGUGUGUUAAGAAGCAGUGCGGCUUGUCAUGGUCGUGUUUCGGAGGACGCAUGGCUCUCGACCUUUGCCUCUCCCGAGUCCGUACGGGAGUUGCAGCAAUGGAACAAGAGAAAAAAAAAAAACGUUUGCUUCCAUUCAAUCCAUAAACCUUGAAACGUUUAGAAAUGUUAAUUGACCAAGUCCAAAAUUGGACAAUGGCCUAAUCAAGCUAAUAUGUUUGUGACCAUGAAUAUAGAUAUGUAUGGAUGCAAUGAAUGAGUGUGUUGGGAGUAUAAUUUACUAGUAUCCAUUUUGUGCCUCCCUGUCAGGGACUCAGCUUGACUUUAGCGGGCCCUACAAAUGGCAGUUGGACGAUGGACAUGGCUGGAAGGACAUAGCCAACGAUCACAUCCUGGAGGCACAGUAUUCCCAACCCAACACCAAGGGCAUCAAUAUCUACAACACCCCCUAUGGGUAAGGAGAGGAAGUACACCUGGUGGUAUUAGUUUAGUUCAGAGCCAGAUACAUUGUCUGUGUAUGUAUAUGUAUAUGUGUAUAUAUAUGUAUAUAUUUUUUUGUUAUUUUUCAUGUUUGUUAUAUAUAUAUAUAUAUAUAUGCAUGCAUGCUUUGGUUGACUGAUCAAAAGUCUUUCAAGGACUUUGAAAUAAUACUUUUGGUAAUUGAGACGCGCUCUCUCUCUCUCUCUCUCUCUCUCUCUCUCUCUCUCUCUCUCUCUCUCUGUAGGGCAGUGAGUAUUGAUUUCAAGGCGAUGAGAGUCCGCGGUAAGAAGAAUCUGAGGUUGAGGCGUUUGGAUGGUCAGCAGACAGAGUGGAUCUGGUUCUACUCUAAUAGCAAAGGCUGGACCAAGUAUGGAGAAAAGGUACAGCAGAAGACCAGGCAACAACCCCAAGUGUACCUUUAUCUUUAGUACCUGAACUUAGGAAGAUACCAGGGUUGAGGUCAAUUCCAUUUCAAUUCAGUCAAUUCAGGAAGUAAACUGAACCAUGGAAACCUCUUUUGGAACUCUGGAAUCCUCUACUCCAGUCUUAAUUAAGCUUAGAAACGUAAUAUCCUAUGACAUGUAAUGUUAUUGAGAGAAAAAAAAGGGGCCCAGAAACCAUUGUUGAGUGACAGGAAGUUUGUUUUUUCUCUCAGGAUCCCAAGGGAAACCCAGGCCCCAUCCAGAGUUCUGCGAUCGAGAAGAAAUUCCAAAGCAACCGUAAUGGUUCUCUCACGUUCAACAUCGGCUCCGAUACCAUCGAGAUCCGAUUCAGACGUGAGUCAGACUGAAAGAAACCUAAGACAAAGGCUUAUAUUGACAUUACGCCAAUGUUGACAUUAAAACUUGAAUAUCAAAUCAAUCCAUUUUUAUUUGUCACAUGCGCCCAAUACAACUGGUACCAUGAAAUACUUACUUACGAGCCCUUUCCCAACAAUGAGUUAAAAAGUAGGAAACAUUUGCUAAAGGAAAGGAAAUAGUAAUACAAUAAAAUAACAAUAGAGGCGAUACAAUGUAUAUAUACAGUGCCUUCGGAAAGUGUUCAGACCCCUUCACUUUUUCCACAUUUUGUUAGGUUACAGCCUUAUUCUAAAAUUGUUUUUCCCCCUCAUUAAUCUACACACAUUACCCCAUAAUGACAGAGCAAAAACAGGUUUUUAGAAAUGUUUGCUAAUUUAUUAAAAAUUAAAAACUGAAAUAUAACAUUUACAUAAGUAUUCAGACCCUUUACUCAGUACUUUGAAGCACCUUUGGCAGCGAUUACAGCCUUGAGUCGUCUUGGGUAUGACGCUACAAGCUUGGCACACCAGUAUUUGGGGAGUUUCUCCCAUUCUUCUCUGCAGAUCCUCUCAAGCUCUGUCAGGUUGGAUGGGGAGCGUCGCUGCACAGCUAUUUUCAGGUCUCUCCAGAGAUGUUCGAUCGGGUUCAAGUCCGGGCUCUGGCUGGGCCAGUCCCGAAGCCACUCCUGCGUUGUCUUGGCUGUGUGCUUAGGGUCGUUGUCCUGUUGGAAGGUGAACCUUCGCCCCAGUCUGAGGUCCUGAGUGCUCUGGAGCAGGUUUUCAUCAAGGAUCUCUCUGUACUUUGCUCCGUUCAUCUUUCCCUCGAUCCUGACUAGUCUCCCAGUCCCUGCCGCUGAAAAACAUCCCCACAGCAUGAUGCUGCCACCACCAUGCUUCACUGUAGGGAUGGUGCCAGGUUUCCUCCAGACGUGACGAUUGACAUUCAGGCCGAAGAGUUCAGUCUUGGUUUCAUCAGACCAGAGAAUCAUGAUUCUCAUAGUCUGAGAGUCUUUAGGUACCUUUUGGUGAACUCCAAGAGGGCUGUCAUGUGCCUUUUACUGAGGAGUGGCUUCCGUCUGACCACUCUACCAUAAAGGCCUGAUUGGUGUUCUUGGGGACCUUCAAUGCUGCAGAAAUGUUUUGGUACCCUUCCCCAGAUCUCUGCCUACGACACAAUCCUGUCUCGGAGCUGUAUGGACAAUUCCUUCGACCUCAUGGCUUGGUUUUUGCUCUGACAUGCACUGUGAGCUGUGGGACCUUAUAUAGAAAGGUACAUUUCCAAAUCAUGUCCAAUCAAUUGAAUUUACCAUAGGUGGACUCCAAUCAAGUUGUAGAAACAUCUCAAGGAUGAUCAAUGGAAACAGGAUGCACCUGAGCUCAAUUUCGAGUCUCAUAGCAAAGGGUCUGAAUACUUACAGUACCAGUCAAAAGUUUGGACACACCUACUCAUUCAAGGUUUUUUCUUUAUUUUUACUGUUUUAUACAUUUGUAUAAUAAUAGUGAAGACAUCAAAACUAUGAAAUGACACAUGGAAUCAUGUAGUAACCAAAAAAGUGUUAAACAAAUCAAAAUAUAUUUUAGAUUCUUCAAAGUAGCCACCCUUUGCCUUGAUGACAGCUUUGCACACUUGGCAUUCUCUCAACCAGCUUCAUGAGGAAUGCUUUUCCAACAGUCUUGAAAGAGUUCCCACAUAUGCCAAGCACUUGUUGGCUGCUUUUCCUUCACUCUGCGGUCCAACUCAUCCCAAACCAUCUCAAUUGGGUUGUGGUCUGGUGAUUGUGGAGGCCAGGUCAUCUGAUGCAGCACUCCAUCACUCUCCUCCUUGGUCAAAUAGCCCUUACACAGCCUGGAGGUGUGUUGGGUCAUUGUCCUGUUGAAAAACAAAUAAUAAUCCCACUAAGGGCAAACCAGAUGGGAUGAUGUAUCGCUGCAGAAUGCUGUGGUAGCCAUGCUGGUUAAGUGUGCCUUGAAUUCUAAAUAAAUCACUGACAGUGUCACCAGCAAAGCACCCCCACACCAUCACCCCUCUUCCUCCAUGCUUCACGGUGGGAACCACACGUGGAGAUCAUCCGUUCACCUACUCUGCGUCUCACAAAGACACGGCGGUUGGAACCAAAAAUCUCAAAUUUGGACUCAUCAGGCCAAAGGACAGAUUUCCACCGGUCUAAUGUCCAUUGCUUGUGUUUCUUGGCCCAAGUAAGUCUCUUCUUCUUAUUGGUGUCCUUUAGUAGUGGUUUCUUUGCAGCAAUUCGACCAUGAAGGCCUGAUUCACGCGGUCUCCUCUGAAAAGUUGAUGUUGAGAUGUCUGUUACUUGAACUCUGUGAAGCAUUUAUUUGGGCUGCAAUUUCUGAGGCUGGUAACUCUAAUGAACUUAUCCUCUGCAGCAGAGGUAAAUCUGGGUCUUCCAUUCCUGUGGCGGUCCUCAUGAGAGCCCGUUUCAUCAUAGCGCUUGAUGUUUUUUGCGACUGCACUUGAAGAAACUUUCAAAGUUCUUGACAUUUUCCGGAUUGACUGACCUUCAUGUCUUAAAGUAAUGAUGGACUGUCGUUUCUCUUUGCUUAUUUGAGCUGUUCUUGCCAUAAUAUGGACUUGGGUCUUUUACCAAAUAGGGCUAUAUUCUGUAUACCACCUGAUUGGCUCAAACGCAUUAAGAAGGAAAGAAAUUCCACAAAUUAGCCUUUAACAAGGCACACCUGUUAAUUGAAAUGCAUUCCAGGUGACUACCUCAUGAAGCUGGUUGAGAGAAUGCCAAGAGUGUGCAAAGCUGCCAUCAAGGCAAAGGGUGGCUACUUUGAAGAAUCUAAAAUAUAAAAUGAUUUGUUUAACACUUUAUUUGGUUACUACAUGAUCCCAUAUGUGUUAUUUCAUAGUUUUGAUGUCUUCACUAUUAUUCUACAGUGUAGAAAAUAGUAAAAAUAAAGAAAAACAUUUGAAUGAGUAGGUGUGUCCACAUCUUUUGACUGGUACUGUAUGUAAAUAAGGUAUUUCUGUUUUUAAUAAAUUUGCAAACAUUUCUUUAAACCUGUUUUCGCUUUGUCCUUAUGGGGUAUUGUGUGUAGAUUGCUGAGGACAUUUUUUUUAUUUAAUCCAUUUUAGAAUAAGGCUGUAACGUAAUAUGUAUGUAUACAUAUACACAUUUUUAGCGCGUUCCUCUGACACCGCCUGUUAUAGAGCUCCUGGAUGUACUGGGCAGUACGUACUACCCACUGUAGCGCCUUGUGGUCGAUGCCAAGCUUAUGCCAGUCUGUGACUCACUCAAAACAGAAAGACUCAACGUAACUGGCAAAGUGAAAGUAUGUGAAUAAGAUUACAUUUUCUGCGUUGCUUAUUAGUUUCUUUGUUCAUUAUUUGUGUGUGUGUGUGUCUCAGAAAUGAGACAGGUGAGCAGCAAGAGGAAGAGAAAAGUUGUCCGUCGUCCAAAGUACCAACCACCCCAAAGCGGAAAUCUGUAAGUACAAUUGAACGGAUUUACCCUUUAGGAGAAGACAUUGACUGUGCCAUAGAUAAAACCCUCAUUAUUUGAAUAUGCUGAUUUUUAAUGUAUUGAUAAUUUACUUGAGGUAAAUGGAACGGUCUCUCUGAUUGAACAGAACUGGUCGAGUGACGUCUGCUUUCCAGAGAAUAAAGAUGUCCCCAGCGGGCCAGAGUGGAUCUCCAGAGUGGCAGUUUGGGGGGAAAAGUGGGCGAUGGCACACCUUUAAAGACAGUGCAAGCUCAGUGUCCAGUGCUGACAUUGAAGACCAGUACCAGCAGGACUCCAAUGGAUCCAUGUCCUUCACUGUCAAUGGACAGGCCUACAAGCUGGACUUCUCAGGUAGGAGGCCUCAAGAUGUGUGUAGCCUUGCAGACGAUGUGUAACUCAUGUUCGAGGAGACAACUUUAGUGUGAUCACUUCUGAAGGUAGUCAUUCUUAUAGUAGUAUUUAGGCCUAGUAUUUUCUAGAAAAGGAAUGACAAUAUGUAUUUAGGCCUUGUUUGAAGCAUUCUCUAUAUGUCUCUGUCUUUUGCAGCCAUGACGCAAACCAACCUGUCUACAAGGGUGACCCGCAACAUCAGGCGGAAGUAGAAUUGUUGGGUUGCUAUUGUUUUCAUGCAAGAACCUGCCAUUAGCUCACUAACGAAAUACAUGUCUAUUGCAGAAAAGGCCUACAGUAUUGUACUGUACUGUACUUAAUAAUAACAAUAAUACUUUUUGACUACAGAUAUCGGAUAUACUGUACUCCUGUAGACACUGUGUAUGAAACAACAUACACACACAAGAAAAAACUGUUUACCUUUUUUUGUGCCUGUAUUUUUUUUGCCCUGCAAAAGCAAAGUGCAGUAUCUGAAAAUGUGGUAAAAAAAAUGUUUUAUCUGUUGUAAUGGCCUGGUGUAAUAUGUGAUAAUAAGGCAUUUAGUUUCCUGACAAGAACAAGCCAGUCAAUCAGAAUAUAUCAUGAAGUACCAGAAAUUGCUGUAUGUCUGGACAGAAAAUACUUAUUUUAAGCAGAUAGUGCACUUUGCCUUUAUAGGGUAUACAUAUAUGAUGAAUGCUGUAGGAGACUGCCAUGCUCAAGUAACUGGGACAUUUAGUUAGAUAACAUUUGUGUGCAUGAUGUUGAAAUGUAGGUAAUAAUACCUUUUAUCUCUGGUUGUUUGAAAAGAUGGGAGUAUUUAAAGCCAUAAUUAAAUAAGCCUUAGUAUACACACUUAAAAUAUUAGCACUUUGAAUCAAGGGUAAUCUCCAAUGAUGUGUGUAUAUAUACACUACCGUUCAAAAGUUUGGGGUCACUUAGAAAGUUCCUUGUUUUCCAUGAAAACAUACAUGAAAUG